AUGUGCAAAUUCUGGAAACACAUCCCCUUCAGAUCUCACCACAAAUCCAAAUCACUUGGUGAACCCCAGCGUCCUCCACCACAAGACAAACAGAAGCAACAGCAACAGCAGCAACAACAAGCCGACUCAGGAACAUCAACAUCAGACGGCGAAUACGACGCCCUAACAGAAAUCGCCGCCCCUGAGCCCACCCGCCGGGAAGAUCGAGAUCAAGAUCAACAUGCCACUGGAAAGGACAGAGACCGACCGUAUCUCGAGCAGACACCCACGGGGAUGCGCGAUGGAGAUGAUGAGGGCUUCGGCACGGAUCUAUUCAGCUCCCUGAGCGAGGUUCGGGCUCCGGAACCGGUUCAAGAGGAGGAUUAUGCGGCGCGUCGUCGGCCGAGUUUGGAGGAUAAUCUUUCCACGGCAUCGACACGGCGGAGGUCGGAGUGA